UUUCUCCUCGCCUGCUCGUGAUCGACCACAAGAACGGGGCUGGGAGGAAAGGACACCUCUACAGAUCUACAGCGAUCUUGCUGUCCACCUGCUCAGAUCUUCCCAAGCCUCCAUAUUCCCUCACACAAGGAUACACACAAGAUGUAUCCACAGGGCCGGCAUCCGGCUCCUCACCAGCCCGGCCAGCCCGGCUUCAAAUUCACAGUGGCCGAAUCGUGCGACCGGAUCAAAGACGAGUUUCAGUUCCUGCAAGCCCAGUAUCACAGCCUGAAGGUGGAGUACGACAAACUGGCCAGCGAGAAGACCGAGAUGCAGCGUCACUAUGUCAUGUACUACGAGAUGUCCUACGGACUCAACAUCGAAAUGCACAAACAGACCGAGAUUGCAAAGCGCCUGAAUGCAAUUCUUGCUCAAAUCAUGCCUUUUCUGUCACAAGAGCACCAACAGCAGGUAGCGCAGGCUGUUGAGCGUGCUAAGCAAGUGACAAUGACCGAGCUGAAUGCCAUCAUCGGGGUACGUGGACUUCCCAAUCUGCCUCUCACCCAACAGGCCCAUGCUGUCUAUCCUACUCUGAUGCAGCAGCAGCUCCAGGCUCAGCACCUCUCUCAUGCGGCACAUGGUCCCCCCGUCCAGCUGCCCCCUCACCCCUCAGGCCUGCAGCCCCCUGGCCUUCCCCCAGUCACAGGCGCUGGGUCUGGUCUGCUCACGCUCGGCGCACUGGGAAACCAGACCCACUUACCAGUCAAGGACGAGAAGAAUCAUCUCGAUCUGGAGCACAGAGACCGGGAGUCGAGCACGAAUAACUCCGUGUCACCGUCUGACAGCCUGAGGACCAGCGAGAAACACAGGGCCUCGUCUGACUACAGCUUGGACCCAAAGAAACGUAAAAUGGAGGAAAAGGACAACUUAAGAUAUGACAGUGACGGUGACAAGAGCGAUGACCUGGUGGUUGACGUGUCCAACGAGGACCCACCCACUCCAAGGGGUAGCCCCUCUCACUCUCCCCCAGAGAACGGCUUGGACAAGGCCCGUGUGCUGAAGAAAGACGCCCCAAACAGUCCAGCCUCUGUGGCUUCAUCUGGGAGCACACCAUCUUCCAAAGCCAAGGAUCACGCUCAUAACGAUAAAUCCUCGACGCCCGGCCUGAAGUCCAACACUCCCACCCCGCGCAACGACGCCCCCACCCCAGGAACCAGCAGUACGCCAGGACUCAGGCCCAUCCCAGGGCCCAAACCUCUUGGCAUGGAGGUGUUGGCUCCUGCACUGCGGCCUCCCCUGUCCUACACCACGCCGUUUGCGAUGAUGGGUCAUCACCCAGAGAUGAACGGCUCUCUCUCCAGUGCGGGCGUCUAUGGCCUCAUCUCCCCUCAGAUGAGCGCAGCAGCCACAGUAGCAGCCUACGGCAGACCGUCCAUGGGCAGAAAAGUGCUGGCUGCAUGUUUUUACAAGUCUUUUCCGUGGCGAAGAGAAGAGGGUUCGAGUGGAGAUACAAACUCUGGUAUGCAGCGCCGCGGUAUUCAGUCGCGCACAUGUUUGUUUUCGCAGCCUGGAUUCGAUCCACAUCCUCACAUGCGGGCUCCAGGUCUCCCAGCCAGCCUGACGUCAAUCUCCGGCGGAAAACCAGCGUACUCGUUCCACGUCAGUGCAGAUGGUCAGAUGCAGCCCGUCCCUUUUCCUCCAGAUGCGCUGAUCGGCCCAGGCAUCCCACGGCACGCACGCCAGAUUAACACUCUGAGCCACGGCGAGGUGGUCUGCGCCGUCACCAUCAGCAACCCCACACGCCACGUUUACACUGGUGGCAAGGGAUGUGUCAAGAUCUGGGACAUCAGCCAGCCUGGCAGCAAGAGCCCCGUUUCCCAACUGGACUGCCUGAACAGAGAUAAUUACAUUCGCUCCUGUAAGCUGCUCCCAGACGGCCGCACACUGAUCGUGGGUGGCGAGGCCAGCACUCUGACCAUUUGGGACUUGGCCUCUCAGACACCGCGCAUCAAGGCCGAACUGACCUCAUCAGCCCCGGCUUGCUACGCUCUGGCCAUCAGCCCCGAUGCCAAGGUCUGCUUUUCCUGCUGCAGCGACGGAAAUAUUGCCGUGUGGGACCUACACAACCAGACCCUUGUUAGGCAGUUCCAGGGUCACACAGAUGGCGCAAGCUGUAUAGACAUCUCUCACGACGGCACUAAGCUGUGGACUGGUGGCCUGGACAACACUGUCCGCUCCUGGGACCUGAGAGAAGGACGUCAGCUCCAGCAGCAUGACUUCACCUCACAGAUCUUCUCUCUGGGCUACUGUCCGACCGGUGAGUGGUUGGCUGUAGGGAUGGAAAGCAGCAACGUGGAGGUUCUCCACCACACCAAACCCGACAAAUACCAGCUACACCUUCACGAGAGCUGCGUGCUCUCGCUCAAAUUCGCCUACUGCGGUAAAUGGUUUGUGAGCACAGGGAAGGACAAUCUGCUGAACGCCUGGAGGACGCCGUACGGCGCCAGCAUUUUUCAGUCAAAGGAAUCCUCGUCUGUCCUGAGCUGUGACAUCUCUGCUGACGACAAAUACAUCGUGACAGGAUCUGGGGAUAAGAAGGCCACAGUGUAUGAAGUCAUUUACUAGAUUAAGGAGUGAUCCACUAAAAUCCAAGGACUUGUGACCAGAGCUUUUUUUUUUAGGCUCAUUAACAGUGGAACUUGUGCGAUCCCGUCCCUUCUCUCCAAAGACCCACAAGAUCUGAAACCUUACCGGGGUAAUAAUUGCCAACUGGGAAUUAACGUGAUUAUUUUUUUUGUUUGUUUUUGUUUUGUUUUUUAUUCCUUUUUUUGUGAUACUGGACUUGUCUACUACAGGACCUUUUGGACUAAAAUCUGAGGACCGCAAACUGACGACACUAAAGAAGUACACGUCAUGUUGGCUUUUGUGUUGGGUCUAGUCAUGAGAUUCUUCGGAUCUGUGUGUGUGUGUGCGGCUGUUUUUUCAGUCAUUAGUCCUUUAAUUUCUUCUUCGUUUGAACGAAAAAGCAACCGAUCUGUGAUGCAACAUGAAGCAGUGCUUCAUUUUUAGCCUCCCGCUCCCUGGACGACUUGUGAAAAGUGUAUAUAUGGAGUAAUAAAAACAUUUUAUAAAUAUAUAUGAUUAUAUGUACAUAUCUAUAUUUCCUUGUCCUGGUAUACUUGUGAUGGGUUUUCUUUGUCCUCAUGUCCUCGAUGCUUGAGAAACCGUAGUUUAGGACCUACUUUUUUUAAAAGGUGGAUUUGUCUUUUUUUUUUUUUUUUUUUUUUUGUAAGCAGACUCUGGGUUGCCAAUUAACAGCCCACAUCAGGGUGGACACGGUGUUAAACGAGGACCUUUUUUAAAAGCUUGGCUGGUUCGGUUUGGACAUUUUGAAGGUACGCCGCAGCAGCCACGGACGAUGCAUUUUUGGACAUUGCAGACGGUGGUUUGACAGACAAUGCCAAAUGUUCGAAUCUGUCGAGUCCUGGAGAGCACCCAGAGAAAUGUGGGGAGAUGUUUGUAAAUUAAAACCAAUAUUAAACUUGGACAGUUAACUAA